GUCGGCGGCUACGAUCCUGAUGCAGUUUGGCCGGAGGGUAAAGCUAAUGAAAAAGAUGACGCGGUACGUUGUGUUUGCGGUUCUCUCGAAGAAGAUGGAGAAAUGACACUCUGUGACACUUGCAACUUUUGGCUACAUAGUGAAUGCUUGCAGGAUGUUGAUCAAGAUACUAACCCUUCUUUCUUAGUUCGUAAUGCCAGUGUCACUUUGUCUCAUCGUAAAUUUGACCUUACUUCUUUCUACUUGAAUUCGGAAGUUAAUUUAUGGUUUUAUGUUCUUUUGCUUUACAAAUAUUAUAAUGUGCCUCGCCAAGUUCAAGAAGUUAAAGCGUUUCAAAUGCGCGAAUUCCCAUAA